CUUUCGUUUUGCGGAAUGGCGCCGGAAGAUGCACCGGAAAAGUAGUGGCCGCUUUUUCGGUAAAAAAAGACCCGAUAACAAACCAAAAAGUGGCAAUAAAGAGCAAGAAUCUGUACAUAAGAAAAAUAUCCGUAUGUUGUCAUAUCCUGUGGUAGCUGUGUUUAAUAUACUAAGAGCAAUCGCCUUCCAACUUUGGAUAUUUUUGGACAUCAUAUGCCGAAGUUCAACCGAUCGAUUUUUGACAGCACAAAAACAACAACCCGAAAAACCCCAAGAACAGAACAUGGCACAGAGAAAACCAGAAAUAUUUCCGCAAGCUGCAGAACCAACGUUAUUGAAACAGAAAUGUCACCAUAGAAAAGCAUUUGAGUACAUAUCUAAGGCCUUGAAGAUCGACGAACAACAAGAGCAGAAGGGCUAUAAGGAGCAAGCCAUAGAGCUGUAUAAGAAAGGCAUUCAUGAACUGGAAAAGGGCAUUGCAGUAAAUGUGCAGGGACAUGGUGAAGCAUGGGACAGAGCACAGAAACUACAAGAAAAGAUGAGAACAAACCUGUCCAUGGCCAAAGACAGACUGGAGGUCUUAGAGAAAGCCGUAUACGGCCAAGUGAUUACAAACAGUGCCACCUAUGUGCCAAAUACAACUACAGAGGUGAUUUAUCCCCAACCCGUUGUCGUGAAACCAACUGCCACCAAGCCUCAAACACAGAAAAAGACUGUUUCAAAUGGUGCAAUACCUAAAACUACUGCUGGAAAUAAACCUAAAAAUACUGUAGUACCCAAAACAAGUGCUACAACAACCAUUGUUCCUAAAAAGACAGUUACAAUAAACAGUCCAAAGGCAGUAGGUGUAACAAGGCCUAGUUCAGCCAAUACUAAGCCAUUGAGUGCCAUCCGUAAGCCAAUGUUGACUCACACUAAGAGUAGUACGCUUCCUAGAACCUUCGGUGUCAACAGGCCCAAAAGUCCCCCUAGGAGCCCCGCUACUUCUCCCCUGCCAAGGAGGCGCCGUGGGGGCAGUACAAGUAAUCUUGGCCCUCGUCAGAACUCUCAUCCAAGUCUGUCUAAUAUUGAUCAGAACAAGAGAGGUACACCUCCAGCCAAAAGAAGGGUACAGAAUGCCAACUUCAAAAAUGUUGACAAGAAACUUGCACAUCUUAUUUUGGACGAGAUUGUAGAUUCUGGUCCCCCAGUCACAUUUGAUGACAUAUCUGGUCAAAAUAUAGGUAAACAGGCAUUACAGGAAAUUGUGAUACUGCCAGCCCUUAGACCAGAACUAUUUACUGGGCUCCGGGCUCCUGCUAGAGGUCUGCUGUUAUUUGGUCCUCCAGGAAAUGGUAAAACAAUGCUGGCAAAAGCAGUAGCUAAUGAGUCCAAUGCCACAUUCUUCAGUAUAAGUGCAGCUAGUCUAACCUCCAAAUAUGUUGGGGAGGGUGAAAAGUUAGUGAGGGCUUUGUUUGCAGUUGCCAGGGAGUUACAACCUGCUAUAAUAUUUAUAGAUGAAGUUGACUCUCUGCUGUGUGAGAGAAGGGAAGGAGAGCAUGAAGCCAGUAGGAGACUUAAGACAGAGUUCCUCCUAGAGUUUGAUGGGGUCCACAGUGGAGGGGAAGAGAGAAUCCUCAUCAUGGGAGCCACCAAUAGGCCACAGGAACUGGAUGACGCUGUACUUAGGAGGUUUGCCAAGCGUAUUUAUGUGACAAUGCCUGAAAAGGAAACCAGGAUCCACCUGCUGUCAAAGCUGCUCACUAAACAACACAGUCCAUUAUCUAAAUCUGAGGUUGAUCAAUUAGCAGGGCUAACAGACGGCUACUCAGGAAGUGACCUCACAUCUCUUGCUAAAGAUGCUGCCUUGGGGCCCAUUCGAGAACUCGAUCCAGAUCAGGUGCGACAAAUGGACGCCAAAAAUAUCAGGAACAUUCGUUUGUCCGACUUUGUUGAUUCCGUUAGGAAAAUACGACGCAGUGUACCACAUGACACUUUAGAAAAAUAUGAAAAAUGGAAUCAAGAGUAUGGAGAUAUCACAACAUAGAGCUGAUAACAUCACAACAUAGAUAUAGUGACAUCACAUCAAAUAGUCAGUGACAUCAUAAUAGAGUUUGAUGACAUCACAAAACCUGGUGAUCUCACAUCGAGAUACCCCUUGUAUUAAUGUAUCUGAUGUUUAGAUGACUCUACUUCCAAGCAUUCAACCAAUACAAGGACAUCUUUGAAUUGUUUCAACAACAUUCCAAUUCAUCUCAAUACACAAAUCAGGUUUCAAAGGAAAAUACAAUAUUAUAGAGGCUCUAUACCAUAGGAUAGCUUUGGCUAAGUAUCCAUAAUAAUGAAGAUAGUUAUAUGCUAGUAUAGUUGAAAAAAUGAUAUCAAAGUCAUUGCUCCUGGAUGAGGGGAGAAUAUGGUUGUUAAGAGACAUCUUUUACACAAUGAUUUUUGUGAAACUGAAGGUAUUCACUUAAA